AUGAUUUUUCAAUCUUUUAUACCAGGUAAUCUAGUAUCCUUAUGCAUGAAGAUAAUCAAUUCGGUCGUUGUGGUCGGACUCUAUUAUGGAUUUCUGACCACAUUCUCCAUGGGGCCUUCUUAUCUCUUCCUUCUCCGAGCUCGGGUUAUAGAAGAAGGAGAAGAAGGAACUGAGAAGAAGGUAUCAGCAACAACAGGUUUUAUUACGGGACAGCUCAUGAUGUUCAUAUCGAUCUAUUAUGCGCCUCUGCAUCUAGCAUUGGGUAGACCUCAUACAAUAACUGUCCUAGCUCUACCCUAUCUUUUGUUUCAUUUCUUCUGGAACAAUCACAAACACUUUUUUGAUUAUGGAUCUACUACCAGAAAUUCAAUGCGUAAUCUUAGCAUUCAAUUUGUAUUCCUGAAUAAUCUCAUUUUUCAAUUAUUCAACCAUUUCAUUUUACCAAGUUCAAUGUUAGUCAGAUUAGUCAACAUUUAUAUGUUUCGAUGCAACAACAAGAUGUUAUUUGUAACAAGUAGUUUUGUUGGUUGGUUAAUUGGUCACAUUUUAUUCAUGAAAUGGGUUGGAUUGAUAUUAGUCUGGAUACAGCAAAAUAAUUCUAUUAGAUCUAAUGUACUUUUUCGAUCUAAUAAGUACCUUGUGUCAGAAUUGAGAAAUUCUAGGGCUCGAAUCUUUAGUAUUCUCUUAUUUAUUACCUGUGUCUACUCUUUAGGCAGAAUACCGUCACCCAUUUUUACUAAGAAACUGAAAGAAACCUCAGAAACGGAAGAAAGGGAGGAAGAAACAGAUGUAGAAAUAGAAAAAACUUCCGAAACGAAGGGGACUAAACAGGAACAAGAGGGAUCCACCGAAGAAGAUCCUUCUUCUUCCCUUUUUUCGGAAGAAAAGGAGGAUCCGGACAAAAUCGACGAAACGGAAGAGAUCCAAGUGAAUGGAAAGGAAAAAACAAAGGAUGAAUUCCAUUUUCACUUUAAAGAGACAUGCUAUAAAAAUAGACCACUUUAUGAAACUUUUUAUCUGGAUGGGAAUCAAGAAAAUUCGAAGUUAGAAAUAUUGAUAGAUAAAAAAAAGAAAGAUCUUUUCUGGUUUGAAAAACCUCUUGUAACUAUUCUUUUUGACUCUAAACGUUGGAAUCGUCCAUUUCGAUAUAUAAAAAAUGAUCAGUUUGAGAAUGCUGUAAGAAAAGAAAUGUCACAAUAUUUUUUUUAUACAUGUCGGAGUGAUGGAAAAGAAAGAAUAUCUUUUACGUAUCCACCCAGUUUGUCAACUUUUUUGGAAAUGAUACAAAGAAAGAUAUCUCCGUUUACAACAGAAAAACUCUCCUCUGAUGAAUUGUAUAAUCGUUGGAAUUAUAAGAAUGAACAAAAAAAGAAAACCCUAAAUAAUGAAUUUAUAAACAGAGUCCAGGCUCUAGAUAAGGGAUAUCUUACUCUGAAUACACUCGAAAAAAGGGCUGGACUAUGUAAUGAUAAAACUAAAAAAGAGUACUUACCUAAAAUUUAUGAUCCUUUUUUGAGUGGGUCCUGCCGCGGGAAAAUCCAAUUUUUUUCACCCUCAUUCCUAAAUAUCCUAAAUAAAACUUCCAUAAAAAAUUCCAUAGAGAUGCUUUGGAUAAAUAAAAUUCAUCUUAUUCUUCUUAUUACUAAUUAUCAAGAAUUUGAAUCAAAAACAGAUAUAGCGAAUCCAAAAAAUAAAACAAUUAGAAAAAAUUCUACUGGAAUAAAAGAAAUAAGUAAACAAGUUCCUCGAUGGUCAUACAAAUUAAUUAACGAUUUGGAACAACAAGAAAAAAACAUACCGCAAGAUUCUCAAAUGCGUUCACGAAAAACCAAACGAUUAGAGAUUUUUAAUAAUAAAAAUAAAAAAAAAAUAUAUAAAUAUAUGGAUACUUAUAAUAAUACCAAAGAUACAAAGAAUUCUGAUAAAAUAAAAAUAGAAGAUAGAAUAAAAAUAGAAAAAGCGUCUUUGCUAUAUUAUUCACACCAACCGGACUUUCGCCGAUGCAUAAUAAAAGGAUCUGUGCGAGCACAAAGACGCAAAAUAACUAUUUUUGAACUGUUUCGAGCAAAUGUGCAUUCUCCCCUUUUUUUGGACAGAAUAAACAAAUAUCUUUUUUUUUUUUUUGAUAUUGUCGAACUGAUAAAAAAAAUGUUAAAAACAAUGUUUAUAAAUUGGAUGUAUAAAAACGCAGAAUUCAUACUUUCGAAUAUAAAGAAAAAAACAAAAGAAAGUAAGAAAAAAAAAGAGGACAAAAGAGAAGACAACAAAAUAGAAGAAGAAGAAGAAGACAACAAAAUAGAAGAAGAAGAAGAAGACAACAAAAUAGAAGACAACAAAAUAGAAGACAACAAAAUAGAAGAACCCACAACAGAGACAAUCGAUCUGGUAGAAAUAGCCGAAGCCUGGGAUGAUAUUCUUUUUGCUCAAAUAACAAGAGGUUUUAUUUUAGUAACCCAAUCCAUUUUUAGAAAAUAUAUUCUAUUACCUUCAUUAAUAAUAAUUAAAAAUAUCAUUCGUAUACUUUUUUUAAAAACUCCUGAAUGGUCCGAGGAUUUCAAAGAUUGGAGUAGAGAAAUACAUGUUAAAUGCACCUAUAAUGGAGUUCAAUUAUCAGAAAAAGAAUUUCCGAAAAACUGGUUAAUAGAGGGGAUUCAAAUAAAGAUCCUAUUUCCUUUUCGUUUAAAACCUUCGCACAAAUCUAAGUUAAAAUUCUCUCAUAAAGAUCAAACGAAAAUGAAAAAAAAAGCACAAAAAAAUGAUUAUUUUUUUUUAACAGUUUGGGGAACGGAAGCUGACCUGCCUUUUUCGGCGAGUAGAAAAGAACUUUCACUUUUUAAACCCAUCUUUAAAAAACUCAAAAAAAAAUUUAGAAAAAUGCAAAAAAAUGGUUUUCGAGUUAUAACAAUUUUAGAAGAAAGAAAAAAAAUUUUUCUAAAUUUCUCAAAAGAAAAAAAAAACUGGAUCAUACAAAACAUUUUUUUUCGAAAAGAAAUAAUAAACAACCUUUCAAAAUCAAAAAGAAAUCCAAUUCUAUUAUCUGGAUUUAAAGAAGUAUAUGAAUUGAAUGAACCUAAAAAAGAAAAAGAUUCGAUAAUCAAUAACAAUAAUGGGACGAUUCAAAAAUUAUCCACCCCAAUUCGAUCUAUGGCUUGGACAAAUUAUUCACUGACAGAAAAAAAAAUGAAAGAUCUUUCUGCUAGAAGAAAGAUAAUCAUAAAUCAAAUAGAAAAAAUUAAAAAAGAAAAGGAAAAAAAAAUUAGAACCUCGGAAAUAAAUAUAAAUAUUAGUCCUAACAAAAUAAGUUAUAAUGCUAAAAAAUUAAAAUCAUCAAAAAAGAUUUCGCAGAUAGUAAAAAAAAGAAAUGCUCGAUUGGCGCAUAAAUUCCAUUUUUUUAUAAAAAUUUUGAUUGAAAGGAUAUACAUAGAUAUCUUUUUAGGUAUCAUUAAUAUUCCUUUAGGUAUCAUUAAUAUUCCAAGGAUCAAUGCACAACUUUUUCUUGAAUCAACAAAAAAAAUUAUUACUAAAUACAUUUACAAUAAUGAAGAAAAUCACAAAAAAAUUGAUAAAACAAAUCAAACUACAAUUCACUUUAUUUCGAUUAUAAAAAAGUCAUGUAAUAGUAAUGUUGUUGUUAUUAAUAACAACAACAAUUCACAGAUUUUUUGUGACAUAUCCUCCUUGUCACAAGCUUAUGUAUUUUACAAAUUAUCACAAAUCAAAAUUAUUAACUUAUAUAAGUUAAGAUCUAUCUUUGAAUAUCAUAGCCUUUUUCUGAAGAACGAAAUAAAGGAUUUUUUUAUAGCCCAAGGGCUAUUUAAUUCCGAAUUAAAAGAUAAAAAUUUUCGAAAUUCUGUAAUGAAUCAAUGGAAAAAUUGGUUAAGGAGUCAUUAUCAAUAUAAAUACCAUUUAUCUCAGAUUAGAUGGUCUAGAUUAACACCACAAAAAUGGCGAAAUAGAAUCAAUCAACACCAUAUGCAUAUGGUUCAAAAUAAAAAAUUAAACAAAUGGAAUUUAUAUGAAAAUGAAAAAGACAGAUUAAUUCAUUACAAAAAAAAAAAUGAUUUUGAGACAGAUUUAUUACCGAAUCAAAAAGAUAAUUUUAAAAAACACUAUAGAUAUAAUCUUUUAGCAUAUAAAUCUAUUAAUUAUGAAAAUAAGAAGGACUUAAAUUAUCUAGCGGAAGAUGAUAUUAUCGAUAUGGAAAAAAGCGCGGAUAGAAAAUAUUUUGAUUGGAGCAUUCUCAGUUUUUGUCUUAGAAAGAAGGUUGAUAUUGAGUCCUGGAUCGAUACCGGAAGAAAAAAUAAAAAAAAUACUAAGACUAGGACUAAUAAGUAUAAAAUAAUUGAUAAAAUUGAUAAGAAAAAAAAGAUUUUUCUUACAAUUCACCAAGAUCAAGAAGUCAAUUCAUCCAAUCAAAAAAAAAAACCUUUUGACUGGAUGGGAAUGAAUGAAGAAAUAAAAAAUCGUCUUAUAUCCGAUUUUGAAGUUUGGUUCUUUCAAAAAUUUUUGAUACUUUACAACACAUACAAGAUAAAACCAUGGGCAAUACCCAUCAAAUUUCUUCUUUUCAAUUUUCAUUUCUAUGAAAAUGUUAGUAAAAAUAAGAAAAUUAACGGGAAAAAAAAUAAAAAUAGCGAUCUUUUUAUAUCUAUAUCAUCGAAUGAAAAAAAAAUUAUUGAAUUAGAGCACGAAGAAAAAGAAUACGAAGACCCAGGGGGGGGCUUUGGGUCAGUUUUCCAAAAUCAAGAAAAAGAUAUUGAAGAAGAUUAUAUAGGAUUAGAUAUGAAAAAACAUAGAAAUGAAAAGCAAAACAAAAGUCAUAUGGAAGUAGAACUUGAUUUCUUCCUAAAACGGUAUUUAUGUUUUCAAUUAGAAUGGAAUAGUUCUUUAAAUAACCAACUAAUCGAGAAUAUCAAAUUCUAUGGUUUCCUGCUUAAAGUGACAAAUCCACGAAAAAUUAUUAUAUCUUCUAUUCAAAGGCAAGAAAUAAAUUUGAAUAUUAUGAUGGUUCGGAACAGUUUUACUCGUACAGAAUUAGUGAAAAGGGGAAUAUUGAUUAUCGAACCUGUUCGUCUGUCAGUAAAAAAUGAUGGACAAUUUAUUUUGUAUCAAAUGAUAGGUAUCUUAUUAGUUCAUAAAAACAAACAACAAAUUAAUAAAAAAUACAGAUAUUAUGUUGAUAAAAAGAAUUUUACCGAAUUUAUUGAAAGACAUCAAAGUAUAAUUGGAAAUAGAAAGAAAAAUGAUUAUGAUUUACUUGUUCCCGAAAAUAUUUUAUCCCCUAAACGUCGGAGAGAAUUAAGAAUUCUUUUCAAUUUAAAAAAUAAAAAUGAUAUUCAUAUAAAUACAGAAAUUUUCAACGGCAAUAACAUAAAAAAUUGUAGUCCCAUUUUAGGUAAAAGCAAACAUUUUGAUAGAGAUAAAAAGAAACUAAUUAAAUUACAAUUUUUUCUUUGGCCAAAUUUUCGAUUAGAAGAUUUAGCUUGUAUGAAUCGUUAUUGGUUCGAUACUAAUAAUGCCAGUCGGUUCAGUAUGGUAAGAAUAUAUAUAUAUCCGCGGUUGAAAUUUUGA